AAAAUUUCGGCUUCGCCCCAUAGAUUUUUUUUCUCUCUUGAUAAAAAAUCCCAGAGUCUCAUUUUUUUAUUUUAUUUUUAUCAGAAAAUAAAUAUAAUUUUCUUCAAAAAAGAUCUCGACUUUUUGUAUUUUGAUAUUCAUAUUUUUUUUUUGUUGUUAUUUGGGAGACAUUCAUUCAUUCAUUUUGGAAGAAGGAAAAAAAACUUUUUUCUUUGAAAUAAUUUUUGUUGGGUCCCGAUUGAAGAAGAACGGGACAAGUCCCUUAAAACCCAAGAAGAAGCUACGCCACCUACUUUUUUUUUUUAAACUUUACACCGACGACAAUUGACGAAUUUUUUGGAUUCAAUUAAAAAGAGGAACAACAAGACACAUUCACAGUUGUUGAGGAGAGUAUCUUGUGUAUUCUUGCCAUGCCCCGCGGCAAAAGACGAUCGAACCUUGAGAUGGUCCCCGGCGAAGAAGAACGUCAAACCUCCAAGAGACAGAGAAAUAAUUACUCAAGACGCCACAUAAAAGCCGAGGAUUCUUUCAGUUCAAAAAAAUGCAUUGCGUGGUUCAGAGAAUACACAAAUCCCGAUGAACCAGACACAUUAGGCCCUGAUGGAAUGGAAAAAUUCUGUGAAGACAUUGGAGUUGAGCCAGAAAAUGUAGUCAUGUUAGUUUUGGCCUAUAAAAUGGGCGCCACACAAAUGGGAUUCUUUAGUCAAUAUGAAUGGUUAAAAGGUUUAACUGAAUUGGAGUGUGAUUCUCCAGCAAAGAUGCAAUCAAAAUUGGAAUAUUUGAAGAAUAUAUUAAAUGAUUCGAAUAUAUUCAAAAGCAUAUACAGAUAUGCCUAUGACUUUGCCAAGGACUCAGAUCAAAGAAGUAUGGAUAUAGUGACAGCCAAAGCAAUGUUACAAUUACUUUUAGGCAAACACUGGCCAUUAUAUCCACAAUUCGCACAAUUUCUAGACCAGUCAAAGUACAAAGUAAUCAACAAAGAUCAAUGGUGUAAUAUAUUGGAGUUCUCGAGAACAAUAAGCAACGAUUUAUCAAAUUAUGAUAUCGAUGGGGCAUGGCCUGUCAUGCUGGAUGAAUUCGUGGAAUGGUUAAGGCAACAACGCAGCUGUUCAAGUACCACAAGCUGAAAUUAAAACAUAUUAUCCUAGCGCUAGCGCAAGGAAAAUUAUUUAAAUUUACGGGGUAUAAAAAAAAAGAAAAAAAUAAAAUUAAAAAAAAAAAAAACAAAACUAUUAUGUUAUCAAUGCUAUCAAAAAAAAAAUCUUUAACAUAUUAAAUUGGUUUUGUUUGUAAAAAACAAAAAAUAAUAAAAAAACAAAACAAAAAUUAUACAUAGAAACAUCAAAAUAAAAAAAAGUCACUCACAUUUUUAAUUAAAAAACUUGUACAUUAAAUCAAGUGUAAAACAGUCAAAUCGCGUCAUUUUUUGUUUUUAAUAUAUAUUUUCUAACUUUUUAUUGCAAUCGAGAAAAACGAACAAUUUAUUACAAAAAAAAAAAGAAACAAAAUGUAAUUAUCUUCUGUCCAAAAUCAUUUUUUUUUUUGCUAUUUAUUUAUUUAUAACGAGAACGAAAAGCAAACAGUGUUGUAGUAGGUAGUUUGUUUGUGUUAAUAAGACCUCAAGACUUCAAACGUGUAGCUGCUCCAAUUACAUAUAAUAAUACAUAUAUAUAUAUAUUCUCCUCUCAUUCCUUCUGUAUCUCAAUCACACAUAAAACAAAAACACACAAAAAAUAACAACUGAAUCUUCCAUACAAAAUGCAAAAAAAUAUUAGUUAUUUUAAAAUUAACAAAAAAACAAAAAAACAUUGUUACAAAAGAAUGAUUAUUAAUUUUAAUUUAAAAUUCAAAAAUAAUUGUUAAGUUUAAUUUGUUCAUAGAUACUCGUAAAUCUCCGAUUUUAUUGAAAUUUUAAAGUCGUUUUGAUUGAUAAUGGAGUAGGGAUAAUGAGAGUUUUAAUUUGUUAGUAUUAUUUAAGAAAAAAAUAAGUCGAUCAUUUUUUAAUUUUAUUUUCUAUGUUUUAGAAUGUAAUUGGUAUUUACUAAGCGAUUUUUUGAGUUUGUUUAUUUAACUUGUUUACAUAUCAGACGAUUAUUUGCAGUGAAUUCCUCGGCAAAAUUUGUAGAGACAAAAGAAAACAUUUGCGAGGCCCUGAACUAUUAAAAACUCCUUGUUCCUUGUAAGAACAUAAGGUUGUAUUCCCCCUCAAAAACAUUACAACCUUGAUCUCACUCGAAUUUGGCAAAGAAUUUUAAACUGUUUGGCAUAAUAUUGUAUUUGGUCCUUUGUUCACAAGUUUGCCUCGUAGGCCCAUUUCAUAAAAAACCGGCGACUGGCUAACCGGCCAGGCAGCUAGUUACAAUCCGAAAUGAUUAUUGAACUCCAAAAUAUAAAGAAAAAAGGCCCCUUAUCUUGUCAAUAAGAAAUGAAGGGCCGGCACACUAGUUUGUAUUCGAAACCGGAUCGACGGUUUCGCUUUGUACGUGUGUGCCCAUAAGAAUGUGUUCCCAGAAACCAUAAAACUGCGCCGGCUUCGUGUGAAAUGGACCUAACUUUCCACAAGACAUUGAUACUUAAGAGCAGAAAUCUUAGUCUUGUGUACCUUUCCGAACCCUGUGAAGCUUCCAGUUGUAUGUGUACUUCGGUACACUCUUGUUGAUCUUAUCUUACUGAUAAUCUCUUCUCACUGAUGAUCGAAUCAAAUGAAGACAUUUAAAAAAAAAAGAAAUCAGGAUAUCUGACUAGACUGUGUGAGUCGAUCUUGGCAUAACGUCAUGGGCCGUUUUAUUGCACGGAAGUGUUUUUACAAAGAUUGACUAAGGAAUUAAAAAAUAAAGACUAAAAUGGUGGUUCAUCAAAAAACGCAUGAAUUCAAGCGUAUACCUAGAAGAGGAUAAAUUUCAUCUAAAUUAGUUAAAUAUUAAUUUCUUUUUUCAUCUUUCCAUUCAAUGUUGCACUUGAACAUUUUUCUAUUGUCAUAACAAAAGAAGUGACCCGAAAGAGCAGGCAUGAUAUUAUAGUCACCAAUUUCUCAUUAAUACUGACACUUGGAUUGUAAUUUUAGAAUAAGAAAGAAAAUGUAACAUACAAGACCCAAGAACAUUCAAUACAAUCCAUGACAAAACACAUUAAAGAAACGUAAAAAUACAUUGAAUGUAUGUGUGUCAUCUAGGGAAGGAUCUACAUCACAGCGGGGAUGUUUGUUGCUUCCGGUAGCAUCCAGAUCAGUCUUUUGUACUAUAUUUACACAAGAACAAGGACGUUCUUUUAUUGUAAAGUAAUUUCACGUUCAGACAUCAUAACACACAAAUCUUAUAGAUUUGAUAAAAAAAAAUACUUUCAACGUCCAUUCCAUUCCCAGGUUGACUUUGUGUUUCAGUACGUGACAUUUUUUUUUCUAAUCUUAUUCGGCCCUAGCGAGGUAUCUGUCCGAUUUCAUACGAAAAGGAGAGUUUAUGCCUCGAAGCGAAAUUCGUAUAAAAUCGGUAAAUUUUCCGCUCCGACGGAUACCCCUCUGGGCCCGAUUGUUAAUAAAUAAAAAAGUUUAAUUGGUGUGCUUCUCAGACAUGACAAACGUGACAAU